AUGAAGGGCGAGAUUCUUCACCUGCACAUUGGCCAGGCUGGUACUCAGCUUGGUAACUCUGCCUGGGAGCUCUACCUCCUGGAGCACGGCCUCGGCCCCGAUGGUCGCCCCGACCCCAAUGCUAAGGAUCUCGGUGACCAAGGCUCGUUCGAGACCUUUUUUACUGAGACGAGCGGUGGCAAGCACGUUCCUCGAUCGCUGUUCAUCGAUCUUGAUCCUUCGCCUAUCGAUGAAAUCCGAACCGGUAACUACCGCCAGCUCUUCCACCCUGAGAUGUUGAUCAGCGGUAAGGAAGAUGCUGCCAACAACUACGCUCGUGGCCACUACACGAUUGGAAAGGAAAUGGUCGACAAUGUUAUUGACCGCAUUCGCCGCGUCGCUGACAACUGCCACUCCCUCCAGGGCUUCCUCAUUUUCCACUCCUUUGGUGGUGGCACUGGCUCUGGUUUCGGCGCUCUUCUGCUCGAACGCCUUUCCACCGAGUACGGAAAGAAGACCAAGCUCGAGUUCGCCGUCUACCCUGCCCCCCGCGUUUCCACUGCCGUUGUUGAGCCUUACAAUGCCGUUCUGUCAACCCACAGCACCAUUGAGAACUCUGACUGCACUUUCCUCGUCGACAACGAAGCUGUUUACGACAUUUGCCGUCGCAACCUCGAUAUUCCUCGUCCUUCAUACGAGCAUCUUAACCGCUUGAUUGCCCAGGUUGUCAGCUCCAUCACCUCAUCCCUGCGAUUCGAUGGUGCUCUCAAUGUCGACUUGAACGAGUUCCAGACCAACUUGGUCCCUUACCCUCGUAUUCACUACCCUCUCAUCAGCUACGCCCCCGUCAUUUCCUCCGCCAAGAGCAAGCACGAGAGCUUCAAGGUUCAUGACCUUACCUUCCAGUGCUUCGAGCCUAACAACCAGAUGGUUGUUUGCGACCCUCGCAACGGAAAGUACAUGGCCGUUGCUCUGCUGUACCGUGGUGAUGUUGUUCCGCGUGACUGCUCCGUCGCCAUCGCUGCCCUCAAGGCCAAGUCUUCUUUCAACCUGGUCGAGUGGUGCCCUACUGGAUUCAAGCUGGGUAUCAACUACCAGAAGCCUGUUGCUGUCCCUGCCCCUGCUGAGGAUGGUGGUCUUGCCUCCGUUGAGCGCUCUGUUUCUAUGCUGUCCAACACCACUGCCAUUGCUGAGGCUUGGUCUCGCCUUGACUACAAGUUCGAUCUCAUGCACAGCAAGCGCGCUUUCGUCCACUGGUAUGUGGGUGAGGGUAUGGAGGAAGGUGAAUUCACCGAGGCCCGUGAGGAUCUUGCUGCCCUCGAGAAGGAUUACGAGGAGGUCGCCGCCGACAGUUUCGAGCCUGAAGAGGGAGACGCUGAAUACUAA